AUGGAAACCGCGGUCAAGCGCUUCUUCUCCUCCCCCCGCUUCGCCGUCGCCGGGGCCAGCAACGACCCGGCCAAGUUUGGCUACAAAAUCCUUGCCUGGUACCACCAGCACUCGCUGCCCGUGACCCCCCUCAACCCGCGAGCCGCGGAGAUCUCUCUUCCCUCGACUUCGAUAAAAACUGAGCCCUCCCCUUCCGCGCUACCAAACCCGAAGCAGACUUCAUUGUCCGUGGUGACCCCACCACCCGUGACGCUCAAGGUGCUUGAAGAGGCUCACUCGGUAGGCAUUCCGGCGGUGUGGUUGCAGCCGGGAACCUUUGAUGAUAGCGUGUUGGGGUAUGCACGAGAGCACUUCGAGGCCGUGAUUGCCGGCGAUGGUGGACAAGGCCAUGAGGGGUGGUGUGUGCUUGUGGAUGGUGAAGACGGGCUUGCUGCCGCUGGCAAAAACUGGACAAGCCAGCGGCUAUGA